GUUCACCGUGGUGUAAAGGGCUUCGUACGUGACCUCCAGGGCAACCCUAUUUCCAACGCCACUAUUUCUGUGGAGGGCAUCGACCAUGACAUCACCACAGCCAAAGACGGAGACUACUGGCGCCUUCUGGCUCCAGGAAACUACAAAGUGGCGGCCUCUGCCCCGGGAUACCUGACCGUCAUCAAAAAGGUGGCUGUUCCCUACAGCCCUGCAACCAGGGUGGACUUUGAGCUGGAGUCUCUGAUGGAGAGGAAGGAGGAAGAGCGGGAGGAGCUGAUGGACUGGUGGAAGAUGAUGUCAGAGACACUGAACUUCUAAGGCGUUUUGUGUGGCUGAUGAUCGGACCGUCCGCACAUCGAUGUAAUAUAUUCAACAUUCUGUGUGCCCGUCCACUCUGAAAAAGAAUAUACUGUCUCUUUAUGUAUUUUGUUCUCUUUCGAUCAUUAUUUUAAUUGAUUAUUACUGUUUAUUAAUGUAAUAAUUUGCCUCAAACUCCUGUAGAAUAUCCUGCAGACACAUAAUACUGAUGGACACGGAGGGAUUUUGCAGGUAGUUUGAUGGCAGUGAGAUCGGUGUUGAUUUCUGUGGUAUUGUGUUCUUUAUCGUACAUGUGAUUUGGUAACCAUGGCACCCAUCUAUAUAACCAACGAGUGACUGAGUAACAAUAUAUGUAAAAAGAGCUGUUUACAUCAUUGCCACAUGGCUCUGUCCAAAAAUAUUCAUUUUUUUCUCUUGUUUUAAAUGUCUCCGUUUCUCCUGGCUUUAGUAAAAAUACACAAAUAUGAUAUAAAGCAACACACACCUUUUGAGUCCAAGUACACACAAACACACACACUGCUCCUCUCUCUGUAAUAUAAAACAUUCAAUGCUAUGGUUUAGAGAAAAUCUGGGACAUUAAAAACACUGUAAACUCACUGUAAACAUUAUAUUGUAAACAAUCUAUACAGGCAAGCUCGUGUCCCUGUAUGUUAUUGAUGUUGAGGUUCUUUUUUUUAACUGACUGCAGCACAGCUUUGAUUUUAGCACAAGAUGAAUGGUUAUAAUAUAUACUGUAUUUAUGAACUAUAGGUAUAGCAAGAAAUGUGUGUUUUUUGUAACUAAGAAAAAAGAAGAUAAGGUCAUAACAUGUAUGAAUCUGUCCACCUCAGUCUACCCAAAGCCAUUCCUUAGUAUGUACCCGACACAGGGAAUACUGUGGUACAGAAAAAAACUGUGGUACAUGUACACAGUGUUUUAUUGAGGAUAAAUUAACACUAAUCUUCUGCGUGGACACAGAACGUCUAGCUGACUGUAUGAAUGCAGUUCAUCUGGUUUGAGAAC